AUAUUAUUUAUAUAAAAAUUAUAAAAUAUUUGUGAUAAUAUAUAAAUAUAAAAAUCAAAAACCGAUUCUAAGUUUAAUUAAUUGAGUGAAAUUAUUUCCAAACAAGUUCUUAGAUUUAAUUGUAUUAAUUGAGCUCAAAGUUGGAUCACAAGAAGAAAAUACUAAUAAAUUAUCCAAAGUUUUAGCUUAAUUGGUGACGGAAUCGCCCCCACAAUCGCUCAUUCAUUAAAGACAUUCAGCUCUGUAUUCAAGGCUCUCUACAAUAUAUAUAUUGCAAUAUUCAAAGCCUUCAACUCUUUUUCUCAAUUUCUUCCGAAAUAUUGCUUCAAAAAUAUUUCGACUUUCUCUCAAAUUCUUCGUUCAAAAAUAACUCAAGCAUUACAUCCAUUGAACCAUUGGUGCAAAAAUGGUUAACAUUUGUGAAAAUGGAAAAUUAAUGGCAAAUACGGCUAAUAAUGGAAAGCAGAUCGUCAUCAAGCAAUCCAACGGCAAUUGUCCCGAAACUAACAGUAAAAGCAACAAAACUGAUGACAUGAAGAGCGCAACGAGUGGUCGCAAGUCGACCACAAUCGAUGAAUUUAAUAUUCAUACCUAUGCUAUAGUGAUAGCGAGCGCCACAAUCAAUGGCACCAUUUUCGGUGUAGUCAACAGUUUUGGUGUCCUUUAUGUCUAUUUGUUAGAGAUGUUCAAAACUCAACAAAAAGUCCAAUUCCUCGAACCAUUAAUAGCGGGUGUCGGCUCCCUAUGCGUCGGUCUUAUCUUCUUUUGCUCUAUAUUUGCGUCAAUAUUGACCGACAGAUUCGGUAUUCAACGCGUUUGCUUUGUCGGCGGCCUUUUGGCCACUAUAGGCAUGUAUACGAGCUCUCUGUCCACAAGUUUAUCGCAUUUAUACCUAACCUAUGGGGUUAUACUUGGAUUGGGAUCAUCGCUAGUCUACGCGCCGUCACUCGUUAUUUUAGGCCAUUAUUUCAAAAGACGUUUAGGUUUAGUGAAUGGUUUAGUGACUGCUGGAAGUGCUGUCUUCACAGUAAUUAUGCCUAUUUUACUUAAAAUGCUGAUCGAAAGCAAAGGCAUCCAAAGCACUCUGGAAUACCUAUCGCUACUGAUGUCAACGCUGAUGGUGUGUGCGCUCACAUUCAAGGAGAACAGCUCUUUCAAAAGCAAAGUCUGCGGCAAUGGAGACAUUGAAAAAUCAAACAUUAAAAGUGUGUCCAGACGUGUGGUCAACAGUUCUCUGUACAAAAACAAAUUGUAUUUGUUGUGGUCGACAACAAUCCUGUUGUCAUUGUUUGGAUACUUUGUUCCGUUCUUUCAUUUGGUAAAACACGCAAAUGAUGUCAACUCGGAAUUCAACGGCGAAAUACUGGUCACAUGUAUCGGUGCCUUCUCUUGUUUAGGUCGCUUCAUAACGGGACCCAUUGCCGACAUUUCUGGCAUCAAUCGCGUUGUCUUACAACAGAUAGCUUUCAUGUCAAUUGGUUUACUGACUAUUCUUAUAACAGUUGCCAAUAGUUUUGGCCUAUUAUUGAUAUGCUGUGGUUUGGGACUGUUUGACGGGUGUUUCAUAACACUUCUCGGACCCAUUGCUUUCGAUUUAGUUGGACCCGAAAAUGCGAGUCAAGCCAUUGGCCUAUUGCUGUGCUUCUGUUCAUUGCCACUGACAGUGGGCCCACCCAUCGCUGCCUAUAUAUACGAUAUCAAAGGCAAUUAUACGCUGGCGUUUGGAUUGGCGGGCAUUCCUCCACUCGUUGGCGCUUUCCUUAUGUUUUUCAUAAUUCGAUUUCAAAGACAAGUUAAUAAAAAAGUCAAACAUUCGUACGAAGAAACCAAUGGAUUCAAGAAUACUAAUGGAGUUAAACAGUCAAACAAUGAAUUGUGUGCAUCACUAGUCAAUAAUGAUAUAUAAAAACAAAUUAUAAUUAACUAAUAAUUGACACAACAUUUGAAUCCGAUAUAUAAGUCGCUGUAAAUAUAUGUUAAGAAACAAAUUUUCAAAACGCUGUUAAGUGCCAUAAAAUUAAUUAAAAAAUUAUUUUUAAUGAAUUACUUAUUAAAAGAUUUCAUAAAUCCAAAUAAACUAAACAC